AUGAAUCGCGAAAUUGUUUCAAAGAGCGUGCUGAAGACGCUGGAAGCCGUGUUCCACGUCCACCCGGGCAGCGACGACGAGAACAUCAAGGAUUCGGCAAAAUUGAUCGCGUACAUCAUCUCGAAAAGCCCAGAGUACAAGCAGGCGUUGUCAGGGGUGGCCGCAUUCCAGGAAAAGGACAUCGAAACGAGUACGCGAUUCCUGACCCUGGGCGCAAAGGUGGUGUCCGAAUUCGCGCAGCUCGUCGAGAACUAUUCAAACGAGAAUCGAUGGCACAGUUUCGUGUUCGAGGUGAUGGCCCGGCACGAGAAGUACCACCUCACUUCCGGCCAUUUCGACGAGUUUGCCCGGCAUUUUCGCGAUUUUGUCUUUGCAAAUACGGUGGUUGAGGAGGAAGCGCGCGUGGCUUGGGAGCAACUGUAUGGCGACUUUUGCGAGCAGACCCGGAUGCAGUUGGCGCUGCUCGGGUUGAAGGACCGUGUCAAGGAGCUGCCA